UGUUCUGCCCACAGUGCUGGGGAAUGAGCUCUCCCCUCAUUGUAUAUAAAAGUCUACAGGAGAGUUGGUGGUUUACACUUCUCUCUCUAGCCUGCUUUGCACAAGCAUCUGACUUGCUGCUCCUGGAGUCCAGAGUCCAGACCAACACCCAGACAUGCACCCCUCCUCCUUCCAGGCUCUGAUGGCAGCCAGCCUCUUCAUUCAGGUCUAUGGCUCACCCAUGCAAGGUAACAGCGCAGUUUGCUUGUUGCCCCCUGACGAGGGCCACUGUAGAGCUCUAAUCCCACGUUAUUACUAUGAUCGAUACACACAGACUUGCCAAGAGUUUUUCUACGGGGGUUGUGAUGGAAACGCAAAUAAUUUUGUGUCGAUGGAGGACUGUGACAAUUUUUGCUGGAAGAUCAAAAAGGUUCCUAAGGCUUGCAGAAUGGAUCCUGAUGAAGGACCUUGCCGCAGCCAUAUAAAGAGAUACGCCUACAACAUGAAGACAAUGAGGUGUGAGCAGUUUAUUUACGGAGGCUGCUACGGCAAUGACAACAACUUCCAAGAUAAAGCCUCUUGUAUGGACUUGUGCGCACCAAAGCGAGAUGCUCCCAGUUUCUGUUAUAGCCCAAAGGAUGAGGGAUCGUGUUCUGCUUCUGUUACUCGCUAUUAUUUUAACAUUGAGAGCAAAGCCUGUGAAGAGUUUGUAUAUACUGGGUGUGGUGGAAACUCAAACAACUUUAUCAAAAUGGAAGAUUGCAACAGUGUGUGCAAGAAAGGUAAUAAAAGGCCAAGAAACCCAAAUCCCAAAAUACCUCGCAUUCGAAGACCGACGAUACAGUCAUGAGGACAGAAAAGACCAAACUAGCCCUUUGCAUCAUUUGCAUUAGCACCAUGUUGGCUUUUUGCAGCUGACGUCCAUACUGCAGAGCAUGCGUAGCAACUUUCUGGGACCAAAAAGAUCGAGACAGAAUUGACCCACUGAAACACAUGCUUCGCAUUUAAAGGGAAUUUUUUAAGUAUAUUUGUGCACUUAUAAUAUUCUUUAUUUCUGACCAGUGCAAUUUCCUAAUUGUGCAGCUAUUUAAUGUAGGUAACUGUGAAACAAUACUGAGACAAAUGUGACAUAUAUAUAUAUAUAUAUAUAGUGGGGAACAAUGAAUGGGUAAAACACUGACAUCAUACAGUAUAUAUAGGUAUGGGGUCUAUUAUCUAGAAACUAGAAAUUGUCCAGGAUGCUUUUAAAAUUAGCAAUGUUGUUGCUGGUGGAUUCCAGCCUAAAUUCCAGUUAAAGUUGAAUUUGAUAUAUAAAUAAAAUACAUUUGCUUGCCUAGCUACUCAUGGAAACCCAGGACUAAUUUGCUGUCCCAGAUAAUUUUAGAGUUAAAAAUGGCUGAAGCACCACUGUAACCAAAUGUUAGACCUCAAAAGGAUGAGGGCUAAACCCCAAAAAGUAUAUAAAAAAAAACACUGCCCUAUAGACUUUAGAGAAUUGUUUAUGAAACAACUAUUCAGAAUUUCCCCGAUUUGCUGUUCCUCUGUAAUAGCAAAGAAAUACGUUCUCAAAAACAGGACUGGAUCAUUAUCUACCUCCUGACAUUGGAGCUGUUGGUUGACAGCUCUAUUUCUGUUUAAAUAUAUUUUAUUUGAUUUAACAUAAACAAGAAAAAUUAAUAUGACAGCAUAAAUUAAGCAGACUUAGAGAAUGUGCUGCAAUAAAUACAGGGACAUUACUUUUUCAAAUAUUAGCUCUAUUUCUGUAUGAGCUGCAGGAGUGCUCAAGUUUAGUAGGCCCUAACAUGAUAAGGAUGUGGAACUCCGUUACUUCUGUUUAUCCCCAUCAAUCACAGACAAAGAUUGCUACAGGUCUAGUCACCUCUAGCAACCAAUCACCUGGUAGCAUUUUGUGGUCACUUGUUUGAAAACGAACACCUAAUUGAUUGCUAUGUGUCAUUGCACCCGGGCAAACGUUGUGCUUUUUUAUUACAUAUGGCCAUUGCCUUAAAAGUAGGGAUGCACUGAAUCCCAGAUUUGGUAUUUGGCCAAAUCAGAGGCUUUUUCAGCAGAAUUUGGCCAAGUACCUGGCUGAAACCAGAUCUGAACCCUUAAAAGCAUGUGAUUUUAGGUCACAUGAUAAAAGAAAUUGCACAUUUAUUUUCUCUAGGUCAUGCGGCAGUUUUUUCCCCUGUUCCAUUGGCAUAUGCAAUUUAGGGUUUGAGAUUUGGCUAAAUACAAAAAAUGGAUUUGGUGCUUCCUUACUUAAUGAGCAUGCUAGGAGAUGCAUUCAGAACAGCUUGAGAUAUUCAUGUAAUUAAUUACUUACCCCGUAAUUAAUGGCUUCAAAUUACUCUACCAGAGAAACCUGCAAAAAAACGAACCAGUGAACAGGCACUUCUGGAAUACACUUUACAGUAUAUUUUAUACUUUUUAAAAAAAAUAACAUCUGUAUGUAAUAUUUUAAUUAAAAAAAAACAAUAAACCAACUUUGGGUCAUUAUUUUUGGUG